UCGGAGCAGAGAUCGACAAGUUCCAUGCAACCAACUGAACGAACGGAUACUGGUGUAGUACUGUGUAAAUCACAUGCUCGAUGGACGGUGGUUGAUGUUGGAAUGAAUCGCAUAUACCCAUCACUGUCCACGAUCGGAGAGAGAUCUCCCGCUAUGGCAACUCUCCCAGUUGCACGUCGAAUUAGCUAAUCUAAGCCCGUUGGUUUGGCGGCAUAAGAAGACAGAAGCUCUCUUCAUCAUACAGCUCGUCAUCAUCAUUGCAAUAACGUUUAUAAGCUAUCAUCAAUUAGGUCCGCUCAGAAGAGACCGGAAUUCGGAAAAUUGGUUAAAUCUCAGCGCCAUCAGGGGUUCCGUCGGCGGUCGGUUGGCAGCGCACAGCAGUACUAUCGCGGCACCGUGUUCGUAACCACGUGUUCCAACGGUUCUGCGAUGGAUUUCGAUUCGAUACUGGAGCUGUGCGAUGGUUUCGGUGCCUAUCAGAAGAUCAUCAUCGGUGUGCUACUGUUUCCGGCCACAUUUCCUUGUGCAUUUCACGCCUACAGUCAACUAUUCCUAGCCGCAAAACCGAACCACUGGUGCCGGAUUCCCGAGUUUGAUGGAAUUCCCGAACGUCUCACGGAACUAGCCAGAAACAUAAGCAUACCGUUCCAUCGUGCAACGAUCGAGGGAGUGAACGAACACUCCAAGUGCCUUAUGUACGCACGGAACUACACCGCCAUUGCUCAUCAUUUGCUGACGACAAACGGCAGCCAGGAGUUGGGAUCGUGGGAUACUAGCGGUGGUCAGGGACCGGUUGCAUGCCAAAAUGGUUGGAAUUACGAUCGUUCCAUCUUUAAAUCGACGGUUGUGAUGGAGUGGAAUCUGGUCUGUGACCGUGAUUUCGAUACCACGAUGGCGCUGAUGGUGUUUGGUGUUGCUGGACUGGUGGGCAACCUAGGGUUCGGCUAUAUGCAGGACUUUUGGGGCCGGAAGCUAUCUUUCUACAUAUGUCUGGUAGUGCAGGUAACGGCCGGUGCCCUCGGAUCCCUCGUAUGGAACUUCCCCUCCUGGCUGGUAUCACGCAUCAUCGUUGGAUUGACGGUACCGGCGAUCCUUUCGAGUCCGUACAUGAUAGCGAUUGAGCUGGUCGAACCAAAGCGGCGCAAUUUCUGCACGAUCAUAUCGAACAUCGCCUACUCCGUCGGGCUGGUGCUACUGUCGGUGAUUGUGUACUUCGAACGAGAAUGGCGUACCCUCUCCAUUGCCGUCUCUUUGCCGCUUCUUAUCCUAUUCUGCUUCUAUUUUCUCAUUCCGGAAUCACCCCGCUGGCUAGCGGCUCGUGGCCAGUACCAGAAGGCACAGCAAAUUCUCACGAAAAUGGCCAGAGUGAAUGGAAAGACCAUCGACCAACAGAUACUGCACGAGAGGUUAAAGGCGCUCUCAGUGGAAAAUGUCGGAAGCUCCCCUGUACCUGGGCCAGCGGUAGUGGCCGAUACUGUCGGCCUGCGGCAUCUCUUUGCCAAACCACAGAUGCGCCGCAAAACAACCUUCGUAGCAUUCAUCUGGCUAACCAAUACGAGUGUCUACGUCGGACUAAGCUACUAUGCACCGGCACUCGGUGGAGACGAAAUCUUUAACUUUUUUCUUGCAGGAUUAGUCGAGCUGCCGACGUACAUCGUCCUUUGGCCGAGCCUCAAUCUGUUCGGUCGUCGCGGUGUUCUCUUCACAACCAUGGUUAUCGGUGGGCUAGCCUGUGCGCUGACCAUCAUACCGCAAGGACGUACCACAACGCUGCUACUGUACUGCAUUGGUAAGAUGGGUGUCUCAUCGGCCUUUGUCGUCGUUCCGCUGACUGCCUCGGAGAUUUAUCCAACGGUGGUGCGAGGAUUAGGUAUGAGCUUCUGCUCGGUAGUCGGAAUGCUCGGACCAAUCGUCAUCCCUCUCAUGAACUACACGGGAAAAGAGAACGUGGCCAUACCGCUGGUUAUAAUGGGACUUGCACUAACGGCCGGUGGCAUUGCUAGCCUGUUUCUGCCGGAAACUAAAAACAUGCCGCUACCGCAAACGCUCGCCGAUGGAGAGAAGAUCACGCUAACCAAUCCGUUCUAUCGCGGGAAGCCUGUAACCGUUGGGUAAUU